UAAACCUGCACUUGCGUUUACCCCGCAACAGUAGAGAUAGGUUGUAGAAGUUGUUGCCGUCAAAUGUACUGAUGAUUGGUUCGCAGCAAACCGAAAGCAGCAUCCACAUUAACAACGGCAGUCAUGCAUGCCACAACGUUUUGUGUGAUGUUAAUUAUCUUUACGACUGAAUGCUAUUCGUUGGAGCUAUGCGGCGAACUGGAAGCACGUUGCCAAACUCUGCGAGAGAAGUUUCGAGAAGCGGACUGGGCGUUUUACGUUGAACGCUGGAAUAUUACUGAUGAAGAGGCAAAUCGGGCAGCCCCAGCGGAGCAAGAGUUCUGUCGCCUGGGUCAGGAAACCGGGCAGUGCUUGAAGAGUAUGAAUGAACAUUGUCCGGAGCAUUCACUUCCCCGAGACGCGAGCGGCUGGUUCAUGGUCGCGUGGCAUGCUGUUAACGCCAAGUUGUGCGGAUCACCUUUCGGUCCGCGGCGCUAUGUUCCCGCGUUGCGUGCCUGCUAUGACCGUAACGAAGAGAUCCCUGACAGAUCACCCUUUCCCGCCAAUUCAUCCUUUCUACUGCAAUCCCAUGACACUUCCAGUGCUAAACGAAACGUCUGCAGUGAAAUUUCGCGACUCAUGGCGCAUGUAAACGGCACAGCCCGUGCCGCAGUAAUACGACAGUGCGGAGAAGAAGGCAUGCGCAUUCUGAUAGAGGGAACUGGGUUUUUGUUCACAGUUGGCUGUAUAAACUGAGCGCCGCCUAGGCGAGUCUUGAUUUUACUGUCUUCAAUGAACAUGAUUCGCCUAUCAGAAUUCAUUACGAAGUUGACCUUUGUGCUCUACAAGUAUUGUUCAGAAGAGUGGUCCAUGAUGAUACAGCGGAACAAAAUUAUAAUAACAAAAGACAGUUGCACUAAAUUAACAAUGCAGCAACAAAUCAGAGCAGGAAAAUUGCAACCAUUUUAUCUUAAUCUUGCUGCAUUUUUUGCGUUCUUAAUCGCAGUGGGAACACCGCCAAUUUUGCAGACCCCACGUACUGGCUUAUAAGGGAAAAAAAGUUCAUCUGCUCGAAACUGUCGGCGUCAAACUGAAGCCGACGCAGUACUAUACUUGCUUAAUGCGGAACUUGUGAGACGAAAAGUGUGUAAUUAGCUAAAUUUUAAGAAUCUUUACCGCAUUUUAAAAUGCAAUUUGGGUUGUUAUUUUGAAGCAGUAGUGUCUACAGUCUGCUGUUAUUGCCGUGAUUUUACGAAUCGAA